AUGCACAUCAUCAAACCUAUCUGGCUCACCCACGGAGGCGAAAAGAAAGAUUUCGAAGUCUACAGCUGCCAUGUCUCCCCCGACGGCAAGCGUCUGGUCACCGCAGCCGGCGAUGGCUACGUGCGGAUCUGGUCGACCGAGGCCAUCUACAAUGCCGCAAACGUGAAAUACGACAAGCCCAAGCAGUUGGCAUCGAUGAGUUACCAUUCCGGCACCAUCCACGCCGUGCGCUUCUCCCCCGGCGGGAAAUUUCUGGCUUCGGGAGCGGAUGACAAGAUUGUCUGCGUAUAUACUCUCGACCCGAGUCCGCCGAGCCAUGCCACAUUUGGUUCAAACGAGGCCCCUCCAGUUGAGAACUGGCGCAUUUUUCGCAGACUGAUUGGACAUGACAACGAUGUACAAGAUCUGGGCUGGUCAUACGACGGGACGAUCCUGGUAUCGGUGGGCUUGGACUCAAAAGUAGUGGUAUGGUCAGGCUUUACUUUCGAGAAGUUGAAGACACUCUCGAAUCACGUUAGCCACGUCAAAGGCAUCACUUUUGAUCCAGCGAACAAGUACUUUGCGACGGCAAGCGACGAUCGAACAAUUCGGAUAUUCCGAUUCACCUCUCCCACGCAAAAUUACACCACACACGACGCAGUGAAUAAUUUCACACUAGAAACGACCAUUAGCCAGCCAUUCGUGAACUCACCCCUGACAACGUACUUCCGAAGAUGCUCCUGGGCUCCGGAUGGAAUGCAUAUUGCAGCGGCUAAUGCAGUCAAUGGCCCUGUCAGCGCAAUCGCCAUCAUCAAUCGCGGCACCUGGGACGGAGACACCACCUUGAUCGGACACGAAGGGCCAGUGGAGGUAUGUGCAUUUUCUCCGAGACUCUACGGGAGAGAACCUCCUAGCAAGCCUUCACUCGAAGAGCAUCCUUUGCCUCACACAACGGUAAUCGCGUGCGGAGGGGCGGAUAAAUGCCUGAGUAUCUGGACAACGAGCAAUCCACGACCCAUUGUAGUCCAACAAGACAUAGCUGGGAAGCCGAUCUCGGAUAUCGCGUGGAGUCCAGAUGGUCAGAUACUUUUUGCAACUGCGCUAGACGGCACCAUUUUGACGGUCAUGUUCGAACCGGGAGAAUUGGGCUACGCGAGACCCGUUGAAGAGAAUGACCGGUCACUCUCCAAGUUUGGCACAUCAAGAAAGGGGAUCGGAUUUCCUGAAAGCACCGACGCGCUCUUGCUCGAAGAAAUGAGCAAGGCGGGUGAACUCAAGGGCGUGGAAGGGCGCAUGGGCGCGUUAAUGGGCGAUCUGCACUCAUCACAACCGGCGACAGCAGAAAAGGCAAUCGCCACUACGAAUGGUACAGCCACAAAUACCGAAAACCUCACAAAUGGCACCGCGCAAACGACGAUCAACGGACAAGCCGCAGCGAAGGCGCAAGAUGACCAAAACCAGGCCAAACUCGAGAGACUCAAGAAUCGAGUCGAGAUCACUAAGGAUGGUAAAAAGAGAAUACGGCCGCUUCUGGUAUCUGGUGCCGGCGGGACAGAGUCUUCAUUGCCACAGACGAAGCUGGUCAGUGCCAGUGCUAAUGUGCAGACGGUCGAUGCCCCCAAGACGGUGUUGGACCUGUCCAAACCAUUUGAUGGGCUUCCAAAGGGAGGCCUGGCGGCAUUAUUGCUUGGAAACAAACGGAAAUAUGCACAGAUUGAGGGGGAAGAAGAAGGUACGACGGAAAAACGAGUGGUGGCAGCGAGCCAGAAGGGGGCUACACCCAUUCUCGUUAACGGCGCCGAUGGUCUUCUGCCCGCACAACAUCAGCCAGCCGUGAGUGGCCAACAGGUGACUGCAGAGUUCAUCCGGCCAGCUGUUAUCAACCAGGCGUUGAGCGUCAGUCAACUUCGGCUUGCCGUUCCCAAAGUGCGAGUGCAUAUCGUCCAGGGCAUUGAUUCUACAGGCAAACCAGGCGAAGUAUCCAGCGACACGGCGAGCAAAUCGAGAGCCGAAUUUGUCUUCGAGGCCAAGAAUCCCUCAGGACAAUCAUUAACUCCUAGGGCGCAGGAUCGCGAACCCUGUCGAAUCACACUGACGAGGAAGGAUCAGCCCCUGUGGCAGGAUUUUCUUCCUCGUCCGGUCCUUCUGGUCACUGGGACUAGAACAUUUUGGGCAGCCGCAGAUGAGACAGGUUCUAUUUACCUGUGGACACCGCAUGGUCGACGGCUAAACAGUGCGCUGGUCAUGGAAGCUCAACCUGUGAUUCUUGCGUCGUACGAUUCUUGGCUGAUGUGUAUCACUGCUGUUGGCAUGUGCUAUGUGUGGAAUGUCAAGACCAUGUCAUCCCCACAUCCGCCUGUUUCGCUAGCACCCGUCCUUGACGCGGCUAUCCAUUCACUGGCUGCUCACCCUACAGGUGCGCCUGCCAUUACACAAGCUCGCUUGAAUUCCGAGGGUCGGAUUAUCGUCAGCUUGUCCAAUGGCGACGGGUAUGCCUAUUCGCCUCAGAUGUUCUGUUGGCAACGGCUGUCCGAGGUUUGGUGGGCAGUGGGCAGUCAGUAUUGGAACACGACCGAUUCUUCAGUGGGAAACAUCCAGUCUUCAAAGGCAAAGACCGACUUUGAAAAAUCUGUGGAUGUCUCUUCCGGCAUUGUGCCGUGGCUCGAGAGAAACACCACGUCGGAAACAUUGCUACGGGGACGGGCGUACUUCUUACAGCGACUUAUCAAGGUCUUGUUGUCGCGAGAAGGGUUUGAAAGUUUCGAGUCUGGUGUUUCGAUUGCUCAUCUCGAAAAUCGGAUCGCUGCGGCGCUCAUGCUAGGGGCCAAGGACGAGUUCAGGAUAUACCUGCUGGUCUACGCAAAACGAUUGGGAGCCGAAGGUUUGAGGUUGAAGGUUGAGGAACUCCUGAGAACACUGAUCGGCGGUAUCGUGGAACCGUCAGGUCAAGAUGGCGAGAGCGUUGCGGCGACCAUGAAUGCGGUGGACGGCCGCAAUUGGGAGGAAGAUUCCAAGACGAUCUGCGGAUGGCCUCGAGAAGAACUCCUCAAGGACGUUGUCUUGCUUCUUGGGAAACAUCGGGAUCUACAGCGGAUCACUGUGCCUUAUGCCAAAAUGUUACAUAUCGUGGACGACAUGCCUGAGGAUCAAGAUCAAAUGGCUCUGUAA